AUGCCUUUAGCGCGCGCGCAGACGCGUAUACUAACUAAUAAUGACAAAAGAUGCGACUCAUCUGUGAAAUGCUCCGCGUGUAAUGUGGUUAUCAAUGAAUUGUUGGCAUUCGUUACUGACAAGGUGGAUACUUUACCAGAAACUGGAAUAAUACAGAUAUGCCUGAGCUCCUACUCGUUUGAACAAAUCGAAGAUGCACGUCAAAUUGUCAUAUCACUUCUAGCCCCACAUAAGAAAAUUAUGCGUAAAAAAGAAGGUUCGGAGGAGAAAAGCAUCCAGGAAAUAAUAAAAAUCAUUAAGGAGUACGAAUAUACCAGUUUACCUAUUUUUGUAGCUCAGAAAAUAUCUAAGUUACCCGCUGUUACAUUUGAUUACGUCGAUGUGACAGCGUUUCUUAAGGAGAUGGCCAUGUUAAAAAAAGAGGUAGCGGCUUUAAAAUCCACUAAGCCUAAGGAGUCGCCCACGGACCUAGAGGGAAUGCAACUGUACGAUAGUAAUAUAAACGAUACUCCGCUCUCGCCGCCUUCUGUGAAUAAACACGCGACCGAGUCGAUAUCAGCUGAGGCGAUUGCACAACCGGUUAUGAGGUCAAACGCACUGCUUGACACUCACGAACUUAUACACACACCGUCGUAUCGGGAUAUUGCACAAAAUUCAUCAUGCAGUCGCGCGAAAAUAGACUCUGCGCCGUUGCAAAAAGAACGCACAAGAAGUAUUACAGAAGAUGGGUUUACUUUAGUUGAACAAAAGCCACAACGUAAAAAACAUGUACGUAAAAGUAACAAAUGUGGGACUGCACAGAAUUUAAGUAGAAUCCAAGUAGCAGAUAUACCUAUUUCUAUAUAUGUUUCGAGACUUUCUAAGACGACUAGCGAGGCGGACGUUAAAGAGUAUAUAGAAGAAAUGGGAGAAGAAUGUUUAGAAGUCCAACUACUUGUGCAAAAUUAUGAGAUGGCCUUCAAAUCGUUUAAAGUUACUGUGUCUAAAACUAAGUUGGAUAAAUUCCUAUCAAAUGAAUUUUGGCCGCAAGGAACUAAAUAUAGACUGUUUCGCGAAAAUGAGACGUGGCUUCUGCCUCAUGACCUAGGUUAUGCACACAACAUUGAUAGUAAUUUUGGCUGUGUUGCAACGAGUUCCGUCGAUACAUCGACUGGAAUUUUACGUGGUAGUCCAUACGGAGGCCUGGCUGUCUUGUGGCGGAAGUCCAGGUUUCCUGAUGUGACAGUGAUAGACAGUUCCAGCGACAGGAUUGCGGCGGUUCAUGCUAGAGACACUUUUAUUGAUAGUAAUAGAGAUUUAGAUUCAUUAGAUUUAGAUAGUAAUAGCGUAGAAAUGGCUCAGCAGCAAAUACCAUUAGGACAGCCGUCCACUGGGCAUGUUGAACCUGACACUAUAAUUAAGGCCCUUCGAUUGGCGCCUGACUUUGAUGGCAAUCCUCAUACACUGCCUCGCUUUAUACAAUUAUGCGAUCAGAUUGUAGGAGCCUAUUGGACGGAGGAUAACCACCUCACCAAUCUGUUCUUGAUUAACGGCAUACUAAACAAGAUAAAGGGCAAUGCCGCAUUGACUAUAAAUGCGAAUGGUAUUCCAUCCGAUUGGUUAGGUAUCAGAAACCAUCUUAUUAAUAAUUUCAGUGACCAAAGAGAUGAGACCACUUUGUAUAACGAUCUAGCUAUGCAAGUUCAAGGUAAUAGCUCUCCUCAAGAGUUCUACGAUAGGUGUCAGACAUUGUUUAGCACUAUAAUGACGUUUGUAACCUUACACGAAAGCAUCCCCACGACCGUAACUGCUAAGAGAGACCUGUAUAAAAAAUUGACAAUGCAGGCUUUUGUUCGCGGACUCAAAGAACCUUUGGGAUCUCGUAUAAGGUGCAUGCGUCCAGAGAGCAUGGAGAAAGCAUUGGAGUUUGUUCAGGAGGAGUUAAAUACUAUGUAUUUACAGCAACGUAAUGAAGGACUCCCUAAAAACUUACAAGGGUCAUCCGCCUCUAAACCUGUACAGACACCAACGCCAUCGCCACAAACUCAACUACCUCAAAUACCUAAACCUUUCACCUUUGGUCCUAUGACACAAUUUCCACCUCGUCAGAAUUUUAAUAAUUAUCAACCUAAACCUAAUGCACAAUUCCAACUCAAUCAAACUACACCUCGCAUGCCUACACGCACCCAACAGAUGUUCGCAGCACCACCUCGAAAUUAUAAUGCCAAUAGUAAUAUGUUCAGAUUACCAAAUCGAAAUUUUAAUAAUAAUGCCGGUCCUCGCCCUAUGAGCGGCGUUAAUCAUUUUACACCAAGAGUUUUACCACCUAGUGGCCAUGACUGGACCAAACAUGGCAAUCCGCCUCCCACAAAUUAUUUCAAAUCUCGAGAUGUGAAUCUGAACGAGUGUUAUGCUUAUGAUUCUGAUUAUAAUUACUACCCCGUGUAUUACGAACCAGACUAUAGUGACUAUAAUAACUAUAACUACGUUGAACCUAUUGACUACGACAGGACUAACUAUAAUGUUUUUGACGAAAACCUGUAUACUGGACAAGGACCGAGUAUAUCGGAAAUAACUGAUCCCCCUCUUAAACUUCUAUUGGACACUGGCGCAAACCAAUCUUUCCUUAGUCCCAUUGCAGCAAAGAAAUACUACCCUCAUGUGCAAUUGAAUUAUGACCCCUUUCAAAUAACUAAUAUACACGGUACUUCUAAAAGUGAUCAUUCUAUAACUUUACCGUGUUUCCAAGAAUUCAAUUGUGAUAAUGACAUUACAUUAUUCCUUUAUGACUUUCACGAGUUCUUUGAUGGAUUAAUAGGGUUAGAUUUGCUCACCCAAUGGGAAGCCAAACUUGAUCUUAAAGACUUAAUAAUAGUAACUAGCAACGCGUCCAACCCUAUCAAAAUGUAUAACUCGCGCAACGUUAACCUCUACGAGGAUAUCAUACCAGCUAAAUCUUCUAAGUUACUUAGACUUCCUAUCAAUGUAGGGGACGGUGAUGCUUAUAUACCGGAACAAGUAUUGUGUAACUGCCUAAUUCAUGAAUGUAUAACCUCAGUUAAGAACAAUCGCGGUGUGAUAGAAAUUGAAAACCCAUCCGAUCACGAUGUUAUAUUAUCUUUGGAUAGACCCGCGAAUGCCGAACUGUUCAAUGUCGAUAGUGCUAGCAUAGAUCAGCAGCCCAUGUCUAAGCGAACCCAAGAGGUUCUGUCGCGUCUACGUACAGACCACCUCAACGCAGAAGAGAAAGCCAACCUACUACAGCUUUGCUCACAAUACUCAGAUAUAUUUUAUAUUGAUGGUGAAGCCUUGACAUUCACCAACCAAGUUAAACAUUCUAUUAAAACCACGGAUGAGGUACCGAUCUACACUAAAAGCCACAGGUAUCCCUUUAUACACAGACAAGAAGUCCGUGAUCAAAUUCAAAAAAUGUUAGAUCAGGGAAUAAUAAGGCCCUCGGAGUCUGCAUGGAGCUCCCCCAUCUGGGUAGUUCCCAAGAAAUUAGAUGCAUCCGGCAAACAAAAAUGGCGUUUAGUUGUCGAUUUUCGUAAACUAAACGAAAAGACUAUUGACGACAAGUACCCUAUACCGAACAUCAAUGACGUACUUGACAAGCUAGGAAAGUGUCAAUACUUCACUACACUUGAUUUGGCGUCCGGAUUUUAUCAAUGCGAAAUGAAUCCACAAGAUAUACCUAAAACAGCCUUCAAUGUAGAGCACGGGCACUUUGAAUUCCUUCGGAUGCCGAUGGGAUUAAAAAAUGCGCCAUCAACCUUUCAAAGAGUGAUGGACAAUGUCCUUAGAGGCCUUCAAAAUGAAAUAUGCCUGGUAUACUUGGACGACAUAAUAGUCUUUAGUACUUCUCUCCAAGAGCACAUCCUUAACCUUGAAAAGGUUUUUCAGAGACUCAGGGAAUCUAACUUCAAAGUACAAAUGGACAAGUCAGAGUUCCUCAAGCUUGAGACUGCCUAUUUAGGUCACGUCAUAACUCGUGACGGUAUCAAGCCAAAUCCCGAUAAAAUAUCCGCAAUAGUUAAAUAUCCAAUCCCCAAAACCAGUAAGGAAAUCAAACAAUUUUUAGGCCUCCUCGGUUACUACCGAAAAUUCAUACCAGAUUUUGCCCGUAUAACCAAGCCAAUGACCCACUGUCUUAAGAAAGGUCAGAGAAUAUCAAUUGAUAAUCCGGCUUACGUUAAGUGUUUUGAGACAUGUAAAAGCUUACUGACAAAUGACCCCAUACUUAAAUACCCUGACUUUGAAAAAGAAUUCAUACUGACUACAGACGCAAGUAACUUCGCAAUCGGAGCCAUAUUAUCUCAAGGGCCCAUAGGUUCCGACAAACCUAUAUCCUACGCGUCUCGUACUCUUAAUACCAGUGAGACCAACUAUAGCACAAUAGAGAAAGAGCUAUUAGCCAUAGUUUGGGCCACCAAGUAUUUCAGGCCAUACUUGUUUGGUAGAAAAUUUAAGGUGUUAACAGAUCAUAAACCACUCCAGUGGCUAAUGAGUCUGCGUGAACCCAAUUCUCGGCUUACAAGAUGGAAACUGAAAUUAAGCGAGUACGAUUUCAGUGUCAUAUACAAAAAAGGCAAAAGCAAUACGAACGCCGACGCACUGUCUAGGGUAGAAAUUCACAAUGAAGAAUUAGACCAAUUGUUAGACGACCUACAGUCCAUAAUAGGUAAUCCAUCAGAAAAACCACAGACAUUACAGGGUUCCACAACAGCCACGGUACAUACCAGUGAGGAGAACCCGAUAUUAGAAGUCCCCAUUACCGAUGAACCCCUUAAUAAAUUUCACCGACAGCUCGUCAUAACUAUCGUAGGUGACGUAAAAAAGCGACCUGUCGUAACUAAACCAUUUGAUACACAUACCCGAGUUUCAGUACAGAUUUCGGAAUCAAAUUUAGAACAAGAAGUUAUUAAUACAGUCAAAGAAUAUGUAAAUCCUAAAGUUAAGACUGGUAUGUUGUUAAACCCCCCACUUGCGAUGUAUUCAAUCAUACCUAUCAUUCAAAAUAAUUUCAAAAAUUCAGCUAUGAACCUUGUACUUUGUAAAAGUGAAAUAGAGAAUGUCAAACAGUACUUGAGGCAACAAGAAAUAAUCAGCAACUAUCACAAUGGCAAAACUAACCAUCGUGGUAUAAAUGAAUGUUUCUUGUCCCUUUCUCAUCGCUACUUUUGGCCCAAGAUGAAAGAACACAUCGCAAAAUUUAUAGGAGAAUGUACCAUAUGCGGGCAGGCUAAAUAUGACAGAAACCCCGUUAAGCCACAAUUUAAUCUUGUCCCACCUGUGUCUAAGCCCUUCGAAGUAGUCCAUAUGGAUCUUUUCACUGCCCAAAACGAGAAAUAUCUAACUUUCAUUGACGUUUUCUCGAAAUAUGCACAGGCAUACAUCCUUAGGGAUGGUACAGCACUCAGCAUCCUACAAGGGCUCCUAACAUUCUGUACCCAUCAUGGACUUCCCUUAACAAUAGUCACCGACCAGGGACCAGAGUUUAAUAACCAAAUGUUUUCAGAGUUCGUAAGAUUACAUAAAAUAACACACCACAAGACCUUGGCCCAUACACCUAGUGAUAAUGGCAACAUAGAACGAUUCCAUUCUACCCUUCUUGAACAUCUCCGUAUUCUUAGUAUCCAACAAAAAACAGAGCCCAUUGUUAAUCUAAUGCCUUAUGCUCUCAUAGCUUACAAUAGUUCCGUACAUAGUUUUACUAAGUGUAGACCAUAUGAUCUAAUAAAUGGCCACUUUAACCCCCGAGAUCCCAUAGACAUAGAUGUUACUGGACACUUAAUGCAACAGUACCUACAAACACACAAAGACCGAAUGAAGACAGUGUACGAACUAAUACAUGACUCUACCACCGUUGAACGUGAGGCUAUUAUAGAGAACCGAAAUAAAAAUCGCGAGCCGGAAAUAGAAUACCAACCCCAACAACAAGUUUUUAUAACCAACCCUUCAGCCAGUAGGCAAAAGAUAGCCCCAAGAUAUACCCAAGAUACUGUAUUGGCGGAUUUGCCGAUCCAUAUCUAUACUUCUAAAAAGCGCGGCCCAAUUGCAAAAGUUAGACUGAAAAGAAUCCCCAAGUCAGCAAAAUUGUUGCAGGUUACUCCUAACUCUGACCGUGACACGAGCGCAAGAAGUUCAAGUUGACAGCCUGGAAGACGGACCUGGACUUUUGCCCUUCAAAUUGGGACCUACUAGACUAGUAACACAUGACCACUCCUUCCUACAAUACAUUGAGCUUAGUAGCAUUGAGAAACAUAUUGAACUUGUUAAACACCAAAUCGUAGAACUAAAAGUUAGAUUACCUAAUGAUACUUAUCAAAUAUUUGAACACCAGGUAGAUUACUUAAGUAACAAAUUAAAUAAAACAACAUACGAACUGGACAGUCUAGAACCCCAUCGUUUACGAAGAGGUCUCGUAGAUGGUCUAGGGUCUAUGAUAAAAAGUAUAACAGGAAAUUUAGAUUAUACAGACGCUAUAAACUAUAAUAAGGCCAUUGAAUCUCUUGAAACCAAUCAAAAGAAAUUAGCUAGUAACUAUAAUACCCACGUUAGCUUAAAUAAGGAGUGGAUGGCUCAUCAUGCGAGUGUAUUAGUUAGUCUAGUAGAAAAUCAAAAGAAACUUAACCAUACAUUGAAUAUCCUUCUAGACGACGAGAUCCAUAAGAAUAGCAAUCUGAUAAAAUACGCUAAGUUAGCUCAGUUCUUAUCGAUCGUCACCAAUAAUAUAGAUGAACUCUCAAACGAAUUACGCAGAAUAGAAGAUAUAUUGGCGUUCACUCGUACAUCAAGUGUCCAUCACUCGAUGUUAAGAGUCGACAUUUUAAGUAAGAUUAUUAGAAAACUUAAGGAAUUAUAUAAUAACGAACAAUUAUUAGAUAUAGAUUUAAGAGACUAUUAUAAUAUCAUACAGGCAGGUUCAUAUUAUAUGAAUAGACAAAUAGUUAUAGUUUUCAAGUUUCCAAUACUUUCAACAGAAACCUAUGAUCUUUAUAAAUUACCUAUAGUACCCAACCAAUAUAACCAAAUCCUAAUACCCCCUCAUCCUUUACUAGCAACCAACGGUAAAGAGUACAUGUACAUAGAGGCAGAAUGCCCGAAGAUACAAUCUCGAUACCUAUGUCAACCAACAACUUACCAGCAAAUUAGAUCGGAUUCUGACUGUAUCCAGACACUCAUCUUCAGACAGGCCAUCGACGACUCCUGCCAGCAGAUCACCGUCAAUCUUACAAGAGAGACGCUAGAAAAGUUGGAUGACAGACAUUACAUCCUAACUCUUCCACGGCCAACCAAAGUACGAUUUACAUGUGAGCGAGAUGAAUACCGAAUUCUGCAUCGUAGCCAUCUCAUUACUAUUCCACGUCGGUGUUCAGUUCAAACAGAUGACUUCACCAUCUACAACUCUCAAGAUCGCGUCGAAGGACAACCCGUCAAGAUAUUCAACAUCCCCGAUAACCCGGACCUACACAUCUCAUCGCAGCCAGCGAUAACUCUUAAUUCUAUCGACCUGAAGAUGCUUCGGAACAUUCAAGAUAGAGUUUUAUCCCAGAAACCCAUGGAAAUGGACGAAGUGAAUACAGCAUCCCUAUACCACACUACAGUACCAUUAUAUGUAUUGCUGAGCAUCACUGCAGUCGCAGCUACGGUUAUAUUAAGCCGCAAAUAUAUGAACCGAAGACAGAAUCCUGGAACCACAGACGAUAUCCCGAAGACUGAAGAAACUUCCAGAUCCACAACUAUAUACAGCAUCCCAAGCCCUGCAAACAGAAUAUCGAACGCAACAUUUUCGUUAAAGAACCUAAAAUAGUUGCGUUUCUAAGGGUGGAGGUGUUACGGGAUUGUCCUAUAGGAAGACCGCUGACCUGUCACAUCAUUGCACACGGCACCGAUGCAAUGAAUUGCGCAAGUGAAGUAAAGUGCCGACGCAGCAGCACGUGCAAGCCUCGACGCCCGCCCGGAGACCGGACGCCUCGGCCACUUGGGCUUCACACUUCGACCCAUGCACUUACUUGUAAUUAGUCGUAAUUAUAACUUGUAAUUUCAUUCUUUUAAUAAAUUAGUAUUUUAAA